CUCCUACAGGAAAUCCUAUAGUAUUUUAACAGAAGAACUGAGUUUCUCUACCCCCUCAGAUGACCACAAGGAGAAAGAUGCAUGUGUGGGCUCUGGUGGUAUAUUUCCAAUAUAUCUUUUUGGCAUACGCUACUGGAAACUCUCAGCAAUUUGCUUGGCAAGGUGAAAGUGCCAAUAUAACUUGUUCUCUCAAAGUAAUUCGUGUCCACUGGUACAAGGAAAAACUAGAUGGAGGGCUAAUUGGCAUUAAAACAAACCGCUGUGCAGUCUACCAACCAUCACUGAAAUAUUGUAAUGAAAAUAAUAUCCUGACUAUUAAGGAGCUGGAUGAAAAUGAUACUGGAAUAUAUUACUGUUCUGAUGGAGGACUCAGCCAAACCUUUGAAUAUGGCAGCAUAUUAUUAAUAAGAGACAGAAAUAAGGUAGAACCCAUACUCUCCAUACUUGAACAAAACCAAGAGGACUACUUAGAAUCAGACACCAUUGCCCUGAUGUGCGUUGCCCUUCACUGGUCUGAAGAAUGGAGCUUUGUUCAUUGGAAUAUAUCUGGCAACAUAUCAGAGGGUCCGACCAUGUUUUACCCAGAUGGUGUAAUAAGAAGUUUGAUUUUCAUCUUAAAGGAAAAUACAAAUAUGGAUCUAAAUGCCCAAUGUACAGUUGAAGAGAAAUUGACUGGAAAAACUAUCACCGCCACAAUGCGAAAGGCAGAGCCAACAGAUAUUAUGAGAAGAAAGAGACAUGACUGCCUCAUUGUGGUAUAUGUGGGUAUAGGAAUCAAUGUUACUGUCCUGCUUAUACACCAGAUCAUCCUGUUUUAUAGACGGAGAACCCUAACAGAAAAGAAUGCACCUUCAGCAGGUGGAACUGUUCAAAGUUUAUCGGAAAAUGAAAUGGUUGUCUAUGCAGCUGUGACAUAAUCAAAGGUUACAGAAAUUUUACCAAAAGGAUUAAAAUGAAUUCAGAGCCGACUAGUUGCCUAUAAUUAGGUUACAUAAAUUCAAGGAUUUGUAACAGAGGUUAUUGGGAAUCAUGAAAUAAAAAAAUAUAAAAUAUUUCUAUAAUUUAGAACUGUUAUAAUGUAUAAAGGGACACAUCUCAAACACUUGAUGGAUUUCUCAUUACACAUAUUUCUUCACUGAAUCUCUAUCUUCUUCUAUUCCAUUGACAUAGGCACUGAUGGUAAAUAUGAUUCUAGAAGAGUGAGGCCAAGAGUUUACUUUGAAAGGGGUUGCUCACCUUUAAAUUAACUUUUAUUAUGAUGUAGAGCAGGGAUCCACAACUUGUAGCUCGUGA